CCAGGCAGCCCAGGCCGCUUUGAUUCCCACUGGCAAGCUCGUAAAUGCCGGGGCGCCGGGCCACGAUAUAAGGCGCAGCGCCGGCCUCGGGGUCCAAUCUGGUCCUGAGUCGCCGCGGCACGAUGUCCUGCUUCUCCUCCCGCAUCUUCGCUCCCUGCGGGGUCCGCGCCUUCAGCUGCGCCUCGGCCUGCGGGCCCCGGCCAGGCCGCUGCUGCAUCUCCGCCGCCCCCUACCGCGGCAUCUCCUGCUACCGCGGCCUCUCCAGGGGCUUCGGGGGCUUCGGCAGCCGCAGCGUCAGCGGAGCCUUCCGCUCAGGCUCCUGUGGCCGCAGCUUCGGAUACCGCUCCGGAGGCGUCUGCGGGCCCACUCCCCCCUGCAUCACCACCGUGUCUGUCAACGAGAGCCUGCUCACGCCCCUCAACCUGGAGAUCGACCCCAAUGCGCAGUGCGUGAAGCAUGAGGAGAAGGAGCAGAUCAAGGGCCUCAACAGCAGGUUCGCCGCCUUCAUCGACAAGGUGCGCUUCCUGGAGCAGCAGAACAAGCUGCUGGAGACCAAGUGGCAGUUCUACCAGAACCGCAAGUGCUGUGAGAGCAACCUGGAGCCGCUGUUCGAGGGCUACAUCGAGACACUGAGGCGGGAGGCCGAGUGUGUGGAGGCUGACAGUGGGAGGCUGGCCGCUGAGCUCAACCACGUGCAGGAGGCCAUGGAGGGCUACAAGAAGAGCAUCGUCAAGAUGGACAACAGCCGGGAACUGAACAUGGACUGCAUUGUGGCCGAGAUCAAGGCUCAGUAUGAUGACAUCGCCACCCGCAGCCGGGCUGAGGCCGAGUCCUGGUACCGCACCAAGUGCGAGGAGAUAAAGGCCACAGUGAUCCGGCAUGGGGAGACCCUGCGCCACACCAGAGAGGAGAUCAACGAGCUGAACCGCAUCAUCCAGAGGCUGACCGCUGAAGUAGAGAAUGCCAAGUGCCAGAACACCAAGCUGGAGGCUGCCGUGACCCAGUCUGAGCAGCAGGGUGAGGCGGCGCUCACAGAUGCUCGCUGCAAGCUGACUGAGCUGGAGGCCGCCCUGCAGAAGGCCAAGCAGGACAUGGCCUGCCUGCUCAAGGAGUACCAGGAGGUGAUGAACUCCAAACUGGGUCUGGACAUCGAGAUCGCCACCUACAGGCGCCUGCUGGAGGGCGAGGAGACAAGGUUGUGUGAGGGCGUUGGCGCUGUAAAUGUCUGUGUCAGCAGCUCCCGAGGCGGGGUCGUGUCCGGAGACCUGUGCGUGUCGGGCUCGCGGCCGGUGACCGGCGGCGUCUGCAGCGCCCCGUGCAGCGGGAACGUGGCCGUGAGCACCGGCCUGUGCGCUCCCUGCGGCCAGAGCUGCGGCAGUGGCCGCUCGGUGAGGUUCGCGUAGUGGGACCUCCGCUUUGCUCCCCGCCGCCGCUCCGCCAGCCACAGCCCCUGCGUCCAGAGGCGGUCCCAGGGCCUGAAGGCCCCCGACUUGAAGGACUGGGGGCGCCGGUGUCCUGACCUGGCCUCACUACUGCGCUCCACCCUUGCCGCAAAUUUGCCCCCUUCAUCUCUUUCGGGAAAGCCAAGGCUCCCGGACUUGCGAUCCUGCCUGGUCCCUGACCCCGUGUCUAAAUGAUCCAUGUCCCUUUCGUUCUGGGCAAAGACUCAGUCCCGAGUUAGGAUGUUCUGGGGGCUUGGGCACCUGUGGCUUCUGUGCACUCUGCCUCCCCUCCCCCAACCGUAGCUAUGGUGACACUUCUACUUCCUAGAGGCUAAUUUCCAGCUGCCUAGGCUCCCUGUGCUUGAGCUCUGAUCUCAAUAAAGCUCACAGUCAUGGA